GACCACUAAUCAAACAAUAAACAGAUAAGUCAUUUGUUUUGGAGAGAGCAGGGAAGGGAAGGACAUACACGUACUGAAUACAAGCAGUAGAUGAACACACGCAUUAGGACGUGAACUCUUUUUUCCCAGUAGAGAAAAUAUAUCAUCCUCCUUAGACUACUUCUGAUGCUGUAAUAUUUGCAAGUGACCUGCAGUAUGAGGAUUUCAGUCCUAUCAUGUGUCUCCCUCCUGCUCGUCUUUGAGCUUUUCUCUUCCUCCAUUGGGGUCCUGCAUGGUGUACCUGGCUCCACCCUGGUCAUCCCAUGUCUCCCUGGCCAAAAACAACAAAGCUUUGCUGGGGCUAAGAUCACCUGGAAAUACAAUGACUCCCUGGUUCCAGACUACCCACAAUCCUCAGAGCAACUCAAGCUCUCCCCGGAUGGCUUCUUUCUGGAAAUCUCUCCUGUCAGUGUAGCCAACGAGGGGGACUAUGAAUGUGUGAUCAAGCAGAAUGAUAUGGAGUGGCAAAAAGUGCACAUAGUCCAGGUUGAUGUGUCCAGCAGCUACAUUCUCAAGGUAAACGAAGGGUCCACUGUGAAUUUACCUUGUGAACGCCCACCAUUCAGCAAAGACCAGGUCCAUUGGUACAGAUAUGAUAAAGUAAUGAUGAACGGCACACGGAAGCAGUUGAAUCCCACAGAGACUGGAGAAAUGGUGGAUGGUGACAGACUAGAAUGGCUUUUUGGCCCCUUUGAAAAAGACAUGACAAUAACACUUAAUGAUGUCAAAAUGGAGGAUGCCGGCAUGUACUACUGUGAGACAGCUGAGGAGGGCAGAGACAGCAGCAACUUUAAUACAAUUGAGCUAAUUGUGGAAGCUGCGCCCACCAUUCUUCCUUACUCCUGCGUUGGGUUCAUGACCCCCUGGGAAUCGUGUCAAGACGAGACCAGCAGGUCGUGGGAGGCCAUGCUAAAAGAAUCCCUCAAUGAGUUCUCCAUGAAGCUUUAUGCCCAUCUCAGCCAAUCGCAGCCCAUGAAAAACCUGCUCUUCUCUCCAAUCAGUAUCAGCGGGGUGUUAACCCACCUGUUACUAGGUGCUCGUGGCAAGACAAGGAGAGACAUGGAGACAGCUCUCUGUCUGUCUCACGACUUCUUCUGCGUUCAUUCCGAGAUGAAGAAACUGAAGCUGAAACUUCAGGACACACUGAAGAUGGCCUCUCAGAUCUAUUACAACCCCAACAUGAAGUUGAGUGAGUCCUUUACCAACCAAUCCAUGCAGUUCUACGAUGCGGAUCCAGUCAAAUUGACCAAUAGUAGUGAGGUAAACGUGGAAAUGAUCAACAGCUGGGUGGCGAAGCAGACAAAUAAUAAAAUCAAAGAGCUGGUCGACUCUGUUCCUGCCCACACCGAACUGGUACUCCUCAAUGCUGUGUAUUUCAAUGGUCAAUGGAAGAUGAAAUUUGAUGAAAAAUCAAAGAAGUCUUCAUUUUUGAAACUGAAUGGUGAUACUGUGAAGGUGCCUGUCCUCUACAGUGCCAAAUACAAAUUGGCUAUGCAAUACGUCCCGGCAGUGAAGGCACAGGUGGCGAUGUUCCCUCUCUCUGGUGAAAGUAGCCUGUUCAUCCUGCUCCCGCCCACUGCCAAGCUCUCUGAUCUGCAAUUGGUGGAGGGGAAGAUGACGGACAAGGCAGUGAGUCAGAUGGUGGAGCAGAUGAAUCAGGUGUCUCCCCAGGGCACCGAGGUCACUCUGCCCAAAAUCAAACUGGACGUCCGGACCGAGAUGAACACCCUGCUCAGGAAGAUAGGUUUGUCUGAGCUGUUCGACAGCACCAACCUGUGUGGCCUCUACCCUGACAACGAGUUGCUCCUGACGGACGCCCGCCACCGGGCCUUCCUCUCCCUGACGGAGCAAGGUGUGGAGGCUGGUGCGGCCACUUCCCUCUCUUUCUCCCGCUCCUUCUCUUCCUUCUCAGCCCUCAGGCCCUUCCUGAUGAUACUGUGGAGCGACCAGGCCAAGGCCCCACUGUUCGUGGGCCGAGUGACCGAGCCGUGAGAGAAGGAGGAAGAGAGAGGGAGCGAGAGUAGCAUGCAUGUAGAAAAAGCCAUGUUUGCAAAGGAAAGGACAUUAGCAAUAAUAUUAGCAGUAUUACUUCAUUGAGAGAUUGUGCUUUUUGACGAUGCUGUACGUUUAAUCAUCAGUGCGUUUCAUCAUAUAAUAUAAAUCGAUAUAGACUCAUUAUAAUGACAUGUUCAUUGUAACUUCGUAGAAUGACUAUCAAAGUGUUUUAAAACGAAAUGCUUGUGAGGGCUCGCUGUAGGUUGUCACAAAAUGCAUGACUUGUCAAAGAAUAAAAGGUGACAACAUCUCUCCA